GCCCGGAUACUUAGUCUGGGGUGGGGACCCCCUUGGUGUUUCCGCCCUCUGAAUGCCCAUUCUGUGUGGGUUCCUGACUCUGUGGGUUCUUUCCUGCUAAAGACAAUUCUCUUCCUGUCCUGUCCUGGGGUUAGGGGGUUGAGCCCCAGGCUCUGGUAGUUUGGGCCUCAGCCUCAUGGGUGGAAUUGGCCGGCCACCCCCAGACUAGACGAGGGGGCAGAGGGUCAGGGUAGACAUGUGUCAUGCCCCUUGACCUUUGUAGGCCAGGGCUGGGGGAGGGGCUGUACAGUGAGUCUCCCUUUGCCUGGGGAAGAGGAAUUUGGGUGAGACAAUAGUCCCCUGUCUGUUCUGGCUUGGGGGUGGUGCCCCCAGCCUCCAACAAAUGCCAUCAAGAGACCGAGGCAGUUUUCCCCUUGGUGCCUUGGGGCCGCCCCUGCCCUUCUGUGACGGCUGAGGCUGAUCUUGCCUGCUCGGCCAUGACCUGCCCUUGCUUUGUCUCUCGCCCUCUCUCUCUGUUCUCACAUUGUCCCACAGUGUGUUAGGUUGAGGGGGGUGGGGUGCUGGUUGCUAUUAGAGCCAGGAACUUCUGAUUUGGGGUUCAUAUUUGGGGCCUCCAAAGGAUGUAUGGGUCCUGCUAAGUAGCGCUUGAGCGAUGGCGAGGAAGGCAGAACCUGAUGACUGAGCUUAGAGGCCUGAGUCUGAGGAGCUUGUGGGAGGGGGCAGGAAUGGGAGGCUGCUGUGUGGCCCAACCCCUUAGCCUCUUCCCAGGCAGAGAGGCCCACCCACCAGUCUAAGCUGCCGCUGUUGGGGUUGCUGUGCCUGCAGUCUCCCUGGACAGGGGAAACAGCCCACGGCGUCUUGAAGAACCAUGGGGCCCAGGGCUGAGCUGUGGGUUUUCCUGAGUGGAUUUUCCUUCCUCCUGCUACUGAUGUCAGGCGAGGGGGCCAAAGGAAGAUCUUUCAAAGAAAGUUCGGGAGUGUGCUCCAAACAGACCCUGCUGCUUCCGCUCCGUUACAACGAGUCCUACAGUCAGCCGGUGUACAAGCCCUACCUGACCCUGUGUGCCGGAAGGCGCAUAUGCAGCACUUACAGGACCACCUAUCGUGUGGCCUGGCGGGAGGUGAGGCGGGAGGUCCAGCAGCCGAGUGUGCUGUGCUGCCAGGGCUGGAAGAAGCCCCACCCAGGAGCGCUCACCUGUGAGGCCAUCUGCUCCAAGCCUUGCCUUAACGGGGGUGUCUGCGCCGGGCCAGACCAGUGCGAGUGCACCCCCGGCUGGGGGGGGAAGCACUGCCACGUGGAUGUUGAUGAAUGCAGAACCAGCCUGACUCUCUGUUCUCACGACUGUGUGAACACCCUGGGCAGCUUCGAGUGCAGCUGUCCCCAACCCCUGGUGCUGGGUCCUGAUGGCCGCACGUGUGCCGGGGGCCCCCCGGAGUCCUCCGUACGUGCCGGCGUCCUCAGCGUGGAGGUUCGGGAAGCGGGACAGGAGGGGCAUAAGCUGAGGUGGGAGGUCGCAGAGCUUCGUGAGCGCCUGGAGCGGCUGGAGCAGUGGGCCACGCAGGCCGGGGCCUGGGUCCGGGCAGUGCUGCCCAUGCCACCCGAAGAGCUGCGGCCGGAACAGGUGGCUGAGCUGUGGGGCCGGGGUGACAGGAUCGAGUCCCUCAGCGAUCAAGUGCUGCUACUCGAGGAAAGGCUGGGUGCCUGUGAGUCCCCUGCUCCUCCUGGACUGAAGAGCCGGCCUCAAGGCAGCAUUUCACUCCUGAGACCCUCCCCCACGCCCUGGUCCCCAGGCCGUGUUUUGUUGGGUGACUGGCAGGGCCCUCCCUCCAGCCCCCCCAGACCACAGCCACCUUGCCCCUUUGCCACUAACCAGGUGCCUGUGAGGACAACAGCCUGGGCCCAGGCCUCCAAGGUUGACAAGAAACGCCUGCAACAGCCUGGAUCUCUAUCUUAUGGGGAACCCUGGGAUCUAAUCUCGGACUGGCAGACCCGGGUUCGCCACCCUGGAGCAACAGGCCACAGAAAGCCCCAGCUCUCUCUUUCUCUUUAUUCUCAGUCACUUGCUGUUAUCCAGAUAAUAAAAACAACCACACAAAACUGGAUCCCACCCGUUCCUUCUGCCCCCAGCCUACCUCCUGGGUCUUAGGAAUGGGUCUAGAGUGGGAGGCAGGGGUGGCCAAUGCCACUGGGAGGAAAUGAAAAUUGGCUCAGAGAGGGAGGUACCUCAAAAGAAAGAGAAAUAAAUUAAGCGCCCUUCUCUCCCUCUCGCCAGGGUCGGGUUCUUUCCCCUAAGGCCCCAGGGAGCAGAGAGCACGGCUUCUGCUGUCUGCCUCUCCAGAAUUUGGUUAGACGGUGCUGGAAGACCUCUAUCUGGGGAGCAGGGGAAGCAGAAAUUGGCAUUUGAGUUAGAAGGGCCAUUCCCGACCAGGGUGACCCAAUGAGGGUGAUAGUGCUGAGGACGGUCCCCAGAUGAGCCGAUGAGGAGCACUCAGGCUCAGCCUCCAGCCACAGGGUCAGGAGU